ACUCAGGUGCGGGGAGUGGGGUGAGGAGAGCCGCCCGCGCUUCCGCACGCGCGCAGCGCUGGGACUGAACUGGGACUGGGACUGAAAAGUGAUAGUGGGUAGUGAGCAGUGACAAGAGUGGUGGCCAGUGUUACAUUCGCAGUGUCUGGUUUCGUCUUCCCCAGGUAUGCUAGAUAAGACAUAAAGGACAGCUAAGAACGUAAAUGGUGCCGCUGUCAUGUGGCCUACUUGGCGACAUAUUCGCUACACCGUGGUCUGCCUGACCAUGUUGGGAGUCUGCCUGGUCUUGUGGACGUCCACAGUGCCGGACCACAGCCGCCCGCCAGAGCCCGGCUGUCCCCAGGGUCGUUUUGUCACCAUCAACGCCGGUGGUCGGCUGGGAAACAAACUGUGCCAGUACUGCUCGCUGUGGGCGCUACAGCGUGACUCGGCAGCUGCCCGACCCGCCUGGAUCCUCCCCGAGAUGGAGCGUUCGCUCGGGUCGCUAUUCACCGGCCUCCAGUUGCCCACGCUGCCCGCACGCUGCCUGGAACGGCAUCAGGUGCCGUGGUACGACCCGAUCCUGCACCCCUGGAGCAGCGCGGCAUUCUGGCAGGUGUCUUACUUCCAGUACGUGAAGGCCGGCGGCGGACCGCCACAUCGCCCCCUGCUGCUGCUCAACAACCCGUGCGACAUGAAGCACUUUGAUCAGCACCGUACGGAGCUGCUGGAGCAGCUGCGUCUCCGGCCGGAGGUCCGGGACGAGGCGCAGCGCCGGCUCCGGCUUCACACGGACGUCCAGUGUCGCCGCCCGCCCGGCUGCACGUUCAUCGGCGUCCACGUGCGGCGCACCGACUACGCCAAACAGGUGCAUCUCAUGUACGACGGCACGCUGGUGGGUGAGGCUUACCUGAUGCGGGCACUGCAGCUCUGCCGGAGCCGCUACCGACGGCCCGUCUUCGUCGUCUGCAGCGACAACCUGGCCUGGGUGCAGCAGCGGCUGCGAGGGCCCGACAUUGUGAUCGCCGGCUCCAGCGGUGACGGCUCGGCCGGCCGCGACAUGGCGCUGCUGGCCCAGUGUAACCACACUGUGGUGACGCACGGCACCUACGGCUACAUGUCGGCCUAUCUGGCGCAGGGCGACGUGCUGGCGCCCACCGGCUUCGGGCGGCGAGACGCCUUCCUCGCCGAGGCUAUGACGAACAGGGGCCUCAACAUAACGGCUGUGCAGGCGUUUUAAGGAGAUAUUAUCCCCUCAGUCACCCGACCUGAACCCCGUCAACUAAAGCAUCUAGAGCGUAUUGCGUCCACAAGACCAGGCUAGGGAGUGUCUUAUCCCAAUCUGGAGGCCCUGAAGGCGCAUAUCGUGAAGACGUGGGAGACAAAGGACCCCGCCAACAUCAUCAAGACAUGCGAGUCUUUCCGCCUCCGUUUGCAGAAGGUCAUCGCCUCUGAGGAGGGUUAUGUCGAGCAUGAGAUGAUGAGGGAAAUGAAAGUAUUCGGUUUAAAGGGACUAUCCCACUUUCAAAAAAGACCCGUUUAGGAUUCGGAAAUGUUACUCAGGAUAUUGUGAUGAAUUCUGCAAGUUUUUACGCGUUUUCAUCGUAUACUUUUUGAGAUAUUGCGACUUUUAUAUUUCUUCGUGACGUCAUUUGGAUCGGAUCUGUGACGUAAUGAAGGAUUUACUUCAUGUCAAUGUGGGGGGAAAUUUGGCAGCAAAUAUAUUUACUAACUAAUGUUUACUUACUAAUAUAAUAUAUUUAUAAAUA